AUGGACCAAUGGCAAAAAUGCCUCAAUUACAACUUCGGCCAGUGUGAAGGGGCCAAAGGAAGAGGCGAGAAAAUGGGACUAAAAGCAGGAAUCGACCGUGAAACAGAAGCAUCUUACCGUUGGCUAAGGCGAGGCUCGGAAGCUAAGCCAGGUCAAGCUCCACCGGCCAAGCGUCCUGAAAAAGGUCGUAUUCAGCGUUACACGGCGCCCUUGAAGCGGUUCUACAGUCGGCUGUGCGGUAUUCGCAGCACAGCUGGGCAUGGUGAUAGGCUGACGUGA